GCGCGUCUGCCGUGCCUUUUUCCUCUUGUGCUACCACCAGCCCAUACCCAGCACACACAGACCACACGAUGUCGAGCUCGGCUGUGAAGUUCUCUCCCCCAGCUCCCCAGGAGCCCCGCGGCGAUGUCGCGUACGGCCUCGUCCGUGGCCACAAGGUCACCAAGAUGAAGGCUGGCCAGAAGGCUCACCGCGGGCCUGCCAAGCGCACAAAGUUUGUGCGUGACGUGAUCCGUGAGGUUGCUGGCUUUGCUCCCUACGAGCGCCGCUGCAUGGAGCUUCUCCGUAUUGGUGCUGACAAGCGCGCCCUCAAGUUCUGCAAGAAGAGGCUGGGCACUCACAAGCGUGCUAAGAGAAAGCGUGAGGAGAUGAGCGCUGUUCUCGUCGCUAUGCGCAAGGCCGCCCAGCGCAAGGAGGCUGCCAAGGAGUAACUGCACCCAUUCAACACAUACCCUCUCCUUUUGUUUUGUCUGGUUGUUCCAGUUGCACACUCUGUACUACUCCUCGGUUGGUUUGGACAUGAUACCCCACCAUGUCCGCUUCCCCUUUGCUGCUGCUGUCUCGUCUUGUAAAACGCGAAGCAAACUUGCCAGUGUG